GAGCACGACGAGUAUGUGAAAAGAAAGACGAGCCGCUGGGCCGGAAAACCUCGACCUCGUUGCGCUGUAUCUCUGUGCUGUCCUAACCUGUCAAAACGCUUUGCCGCAGUCCAUACGAGCCCGCCCUACGAAAAAGUCCCAGCUCUGCGACUCAGCCCUGCGAUUCGGCCCCUCCCCCUGCCAAACCGCCAGCGAAAAUGUCCGACGACGAGGCCGUCACCGUCGGAUCGCAGCCCGCCGGCGACUGGUCCAUCCACGAUGCUGCGUCGCCGGCCGAGAGCGUCAAGUCGGACGCCGAAACCGACGACAAGGCGGGCGACGCCGAAUCGGCGCCGUCGCAACCCAUCCAGAAACGACGGCGAGUCACCCGCGCCUGCGACGAGUGCCGCCGCAAGAAGAUCAAGUGUGACGGCAAGCAGCCCUGCACGCACUGCUCCGUGUACAGCUAUGAAUGCACAUAUGAUAAGCCGUCAAACAGGAGGAGGAACCCCGCCCCGCAGUACAUCGAGGCACUAGAAAGCCGCCUCCAGCGCGCCGAGUCGCUGCUGCGGAAGUUCGUCCCCGAUAUUGACCUGGCCGACCCCAGCCUUGACCCUGCCAUCCAGCAAGAGUUUCACAAUCGAGAACGAGCGCGUGCUGAGGCUGCCAAGCUGCGAGCCAGCCAUGCUCCCGAGCCCGACCCCAACGACACCCAGCUCACGUCCAUGAUCGACUCCAUCGGCCAACUGGAUCUCGACGACAAAGGCGGCUGGGACUUUUACGGCAUCUCGUCCGGCGCCGUUUUCCUACGGCGUAUGAAGGAAAACUUCCGUGGCUUGUUAGGCCCCGUCGGCAAGGGACCCUUUCUUCCCCGUCCGGCUGAUCGAACGGCGGGUCUCUUAAACCUCGACACGACGCCCUCCAUCGGCAACUCACCAUUCUCUGCUUCCAACUACCCCGAGCUGCCUCCCAAGGACGUUGCUCGGAAGCUCUGCUACUAUUCCCUGAGUUGUGCCACGUGCCUUGUCCGCAUCGUUCACGUCCCCUCCUUUUACGAAAAAUUCGAUUACAUCUACGAGCGGCAACACGAGCUCAUGAGCCAGGAUGACAGCCAGUUUCUCGCCCUCUUCUACGCCGUCUUGGCAUUGGGCUGCAUGUACAGCAAUCUAGACGACUCCGGCUCCGGCGGCUUGACUUACCGUAAUGCCAUUGAUGAAGGAGUCAAGUACUACAAGAUUUCAAGAUCUCUAAUGCGUGAUGUGACCGAAUGCCGGAGCCUUGUCUCCAUCCAGACGCUCGUCUUCAUCAUUCUUUUCCUGCAGUCCACUGCCAAUCUCAACACCUGCUAUUCGUUUGUAGGAAUUGCUCUCCGGUCAGCCCUGCGAAUAGGCCUUCACCGCCACUUGCAGCACGAGCGGAUAGGAAACAUUGAGCAGCAAGUCCGGCGUCGGGUCUUCUACGUGAUACGGCAAAUGGACAUUUACGUAUCAGCCAUGCUUGGCUUUCCCCUGCUGCUAAACAGCGAAGAUAUUGACCAGCAGUACCCUCUCGAGGUCGACGACGAGUUCAUACGACCUGAAGGCAUUAUUCAGCCGGCCCCUGGAACGGCUUCGUUCUUCCAGGCUUUCAACGCCCACACUCGGCUGAUGGAGAUUUUGGGCAAAAUCACAAAGUACAUUUACCCGACAAAAGGCGUUGGGCAAACAGUUUUGAGGGGGAACAAGCCUUCGUCGACAUAUCUCAUCAGCUACAGCAAGAUCAAGGAGAUUGAAACAGACCUGCACAACUGGUUUGAAAGACUUCCCGAGGCAUGGCGCCCGAGCCCUGACGGCCCAAUUGAAGUGGUCCGAGUGCGACAUUUGCUGCGUUUCGCGUACGCACACGUGCAACUUGUCUUAUACCGGCCCUUUCUGCACUAUGUCUCUCCUCGCCUCAGCCAGAAUAGCAGGAUUGAUGAGCUUUCUUACGCCUGCGCGGCGGCGGCCAUCAGCGUGUCCCGCAACAUUGUCCACAUUGGCCUUGAGAUCCGGAAGCAGCGCGUCCUCAGCGGGCCGUACUGGUUCAUGCUCUACACCGAGUUCUUCUCCGUGCUCUCGCUGGUGUUUUAUGCCAUUGAGAACCCGGAGAAGCCUGGGUCAGCAGAGGUGCUUGCUGAUGCGCGCGCUGGUAGACAGAUGAUUGCCGAUCUGGCGGAGAAGAGCCUUUCUGCUGAGAGGGUCACCAAUACUCUCAAGGUUUUAUUUGAUCAACUGCCAGAGCAAUUUGAUCAACCUCAGGCUCGGCCUUCGGCUACGACAAAGAAGCGGACGGCACCUGGAGUCAAGGUGCCAAGCAACAACCCUCACAUCCCCGUAGGCAUGUCCCUUCGUCGACCAGAUGAGUCGAUGCGCAGGAGCGGCGGCAUGUCGUUAUACGGAAGCUCGCUAUCAAGGGGCUCCAUGGGCUCCAUGGACAGUAGCCUGGCGCAAUCACUAGACCCCAACUUCCCCGAGCCUUCCUUCACCAGCAGCUUGAAUGACAUGAUGCCGAUGGACUUGUCAUCACGGGCUACGCCCGACUCGACGAGCACGGCCGAGAGCGCGCACCGACACCCGUACCAGCAACAUCCCCUCGGCGGGCACCUCGCACUCAACAACCCGGUGCACAAGCUCGACGCGUUGAUGUUCCCCUCGGAUGAUCCGUUCGCGUACCCCAACCAGCCGAUGAUGGAACUGGGAUUCUCGGGCAAGACCGACGUCCCUGCCGUGUCGAUGCCCCAGCCAGCCCAGGAAUCGGGAUUCUUCUUCCCCGCGUCGCUGGAUGACCUGGGAGAUCAAUUCAUGGGGCAACCUCCGCCGUAUAUGAUGCCUCAGCAGCAGCAGCAGCAGCCGCCGCCGCCGCCGCACAACCCAAUGGCGAUGGGCAUGGCGGCGAACCUGUACGACCCCAACGCCAUGAUGGGGAUACACCAGCAAUCGCAGCCGCAGCAGCCGCAGCCGGCGCCGCAACGACGACCGGGCGGGCUUUCUCUUCGACGCGCAAUACGAGGCGAGAGGCACCAGGAGCGGCAGAUAGAGCAGAUGUUUACUGAUCACGGCAUGCAGCCUGACUGGGGGAGUUUCUUUGGUUCUGGCAGGGGCGGAUUUCAGGGAAUGUGAACGACUUGCCACAUGAUACCCAUUUUCCUUUUCCUUUUCUUCCUGGUGUCUUUUGCCGAUAUGAG